AUGAGUUGUAAAGAAAUAGAUAUAGAGAAUAUUGAUAAUGAUAAUAAUAAUAAUAAUAAUUUAGAGGAAAAUAAAGAGAACAAGGAGAGUUUCAAUGAUAAGAUUUGUGAACAAGAAAGUUGGCCUACAGCUGUAGCUGCCGCAGAUAUAAUGAGCAGAGAUAGAAUAGAAAAGAUAAAGUGGAAUUUAGUUGAGGAUUUAAAGGUUUCUAUUCAACAUAUUAUUUUCUCCAUAUUGAGAGAGGAUAGAGCUGUGUUAGAUUCUUGUAGUUUUGGUGUCGAUCGUCUUUGUAUGUCAAUAGAAAAGAUACUGACGCACGACUUACACAGUCACAUAUCACUUUGGAGAAUCAUUGAAUCUUUCUAUGUGGCAGCGGCAGUAAUGGUUGUCGAUCAACAACACAACAACGGUCAUCUCGUUGCAAUGUCAGAGUUUAGAGAUAUAAAGAAUUCAAGAAUGUUAUUUAGCGAUAGAGGUAGAGCAAGAUCUUACAUUCGUUCACUCCUAAACAACAAUAAACUGUUGUCAUUCUUUCAAUCCGUUCAAAGCGUGGCAAAAGAUUUCUACACUGACACUUCAAUCAUGUUGAUUGAACAACAUCACAAUAACAUUAUCGAUCAAGUUGUUUCGCUAUUUGAAAAGGUUGGUGAUAUGAAAUUCAAACUAUCACUUGACUCCACUACCUUGGAGAUGUUAGUGGAUCACACAUUACUCUCAUCGAACAACUCUGAUGAUAUAACAUCAAUACUUAAUAGAAUAGAUGAUAAUAUCAAUAAUAUUAAUAUUAAUAAUAAUAGUAGUAGUAAUGAAGAAGAUGAUGAAUUAUAUGAAGAGAUGUUUACAAUUAAAUUACCAUCGAAAUCAAAUUCAAAUUCCAAAUCAACUGUACAAACAUUAAAGUUAAUUAGGCCACCAACACCAGUAAUACAAUCCAAUAGUAAUGAUAUUGUAUCGAGUAAGAAUGAUGUUGUUGUUGAUGAUGAAGAGCUCAUUUCUCAAUAUGAUCAAGACUAUAAAGAUAUAGAAGGAAUUCAAGAGCUAAGCGUAAAAAUACAAUCUUCUUGUUUUGAUCAACAGCCACUUUCAUUCAAUCAUUUCUCUGACAACACAAAGAAAGAACUCAUUCAUUCUAUCACAAAGAAUAACAUCUCUGUUGACGACGCAAUAAAAUCAUUAAAUUUGAAUAAUAAUGAUAGUAAUAACAAUAACAAUAACAAUAGCGAAACAAACGUCAAUGUAAAUAUUUUAAAAAACGAUAAUAGCAAUAAUAACAUCACCACUAUCGCUUCAAACAACAAUAGUAAUGAUAAUAAUAAUAAUAAUAAUAAUAAUAAUAAAAAUUUAUCAGAAUUUGCAGAUAAAAAUGAAAUAACAUUAUCAACACUCGACAAUGAACCAUUGGUUACAACUGAUACUGCAAACAAAACUAAAACCAACAAGAAAAAGAUUAUAAAGAAGAAAGUCUUAACAAGAACAAUAAAUUUUGAUUAG